AUGCUAAAGUCCCGCAAAAAGGACAAAGACGGCAAAAACGAUAAAGAGGAAAGAAAACAGGAAAAAGUACGAAAGGAUAGUAAAGAAGAGAGCAACAAAAAGGAGGAGAAGCAAACAGAUGCUAUUAACCAUAUGAAUGGGAUGGCAAUAACAGCACCAACAUCGAUUCCCCAAAUUAAAACGGAGGAUGUUCCUGAUGAAACAAUUCCUGCUGAUGCUCCACCUCCAACAUCUCUCAAAAAGCAAGCAUUUGCGGGCGGACUGGCAUUAGCGAGGCGUGAUCGAAGACAAAGCAGUUCCUUAUUUUUGGUAUCUACUAAUCGAGAACUUGUGAAACUGCCGAAUAUAAAAGACGCUGAACUCAGUGCACAAGAAGAAUUGUUUAUCCAGAAACUGCGCCAAUGUUCGGUCGUUUUUGAUUUUGCUGUUGAUCCAUUGUCGGACUUGAAAUAUAAAGAAGUGAAACGAACGACACUGAAUGAACUGACGGAUUAUAUUCUUAGUUGUCAAAAUGUUAUUACAGAAGCGAUAUAUCCAGAAGUUAUUAGCAUGCUUAGCUCUAAUCUUUUUCGCGUCUUGUCUCCACCAUCAAAUCCAACGGGUGCUGAAUUUGAUCCCGAUGAGGAUGAACCCACAUUAGAAGCUGCUUGGCCCCAUUUACAGUUGGUAUAUGAAUUUUUCUUGCGUUUUUUGGAAUCAGCAGAUUUUCAACCAGGUGUCGCAAAACGUUACAUUGAUCAGAAGUUCGUCUUAAAGCUUAUCGAACUGUCCGACAGUGAAGAUCCAAGGGAACGUGAUUUUCUAAAGACGACACUUCAUCGAAUCUAUGGCAAAUUUCUGGGUCUUAGGGCUUACAUGAGAAAGCAUAUAAAUAAUAUAUUCUAUACAUUCAUUUAUGAAACCGAACGACAUAAUGGUAUUGCCGAGCUUUUGGAAAUACUGGGCAGUAUCAUCAAUGGAUUCGCAUUGCCGCUGAAGGAGGAACAUAAAACAUUUCUUCUUCGUGUUCUUAUUCCUCUCCACAAAGUAAAAUCGCUCUCUGUGUAUCACCCACAGUUGGCAUAUUGUGUGGUUCAAUUUCUGGAAAAAGAUCCUACUCUUACUGAACCAGUUAUCUUAUCUCUGCUCAAAUUUUGGCCCAAAGUUCAUAGUCCAAAGGAGGUAAUGUUUUUAAAUGAGUUCGAGGAGAUCUUGGAUGUCAUUGAGCCAGCUGAAUUUCAAAAGGUUAUGGUACCGCUUUUCCAACAACUGACAAGAUGUGUUUCUUCACCACAUUUCCAGGUAGCCGAAAGAGCUCUUUAUUAUUGGAACAACGAAUAUAUCAUGUCACUAAUCAGUGACAACGCUGCUGUAAUCUUGCCCAUCAUGUUUCCGGCACUCUAUCGAAAUUCAAAAAACCAUUGGAAUAAAACAAUUCAUGGACUUAUUUAUAAUGCGCUCAAAUUAUUUAUGGAAAUUAAUCAGAGGCUUUUCGAUGAGUGCUCUCAAAAUUUUAAUCGUGAACGCGAAGAUGAAAAUGCUAAAUUGAAGGAAAAAUUAUCGAAAUGGGAAAUGAUCGAAAGAAAAGCUCGCCAAAACCCUCAGUUCUCGGAAGUUAGCCAACAGUUGCAGAACACGUGUAGUUCACUAGCGCAGCUUUCGAUUAAUGAAAAUGCGGGAAUCGAGCCAGUGGAUCCAACUAAAAUCAAGCAACAAGCAGCGCGAUAUGCGAUAGACUAUGUCCAAGAACGACCAUUGAUACGUCGAAAGAGCGAGCUACCAUAUAAUCCAAACGUUGAUCGAGCUUUGGAUGAACAUCGACGACAUGAACCUUAUUUGUCUACCGUACCACAUGAAUAG